AUGGCAAUGUUCAUGGAUACGACAAUCCCACUUCCACAAGCCCUCCACGGCAUUCCGUUCCUUGUCAAGGAUACCUUCGUCACGCUGGAUCAGAUGAAUACUACAGGGGGUCCAUAUGCUCUAGCUGGAGCAAGAUAUGAGUUCGAGUCCACGAUCAUGACCAACCUGCGAGAGGCUGGUGCGAUUAUACUAGGGAAAACAAAUCUGAGCGAGUGGGGGAUGUCACGGUCUUCCAAAUGCAAGAGUGGUUGGUUGGCCCUCUAUGGACAAGCUGUUGGUGGCUUUUACCAAGACCAAGACCCCCAGGGAUCCUCAUCUGGGAGUGCGAUUGCAACAAGCUUGAAACUGGCGAGUUUUACUAUUGGGGGUGAGAAGACAUGUGGAAGCAUUCUCUAUCCAGCGCAAAAGAAUGGGGUCGUUGGUCUCAAACCAACGGUUGGAUUAACGUCCCGGUUCGGAACCAUCCCCACUAAUCCUGAGCAAGAUUCCGUGGGGCCUAUUACUCAAUACGUUAAAGAUAGUGCAAUUAUCCUGCAUGUGAUUGCCGGAAAGGACAACCUUGACUGUGCAACAGAGAGUAUACCGUUUGACAAAAUCCCAGAUUAUGAAGCUGCUUGCCAAAGGGACGCGCUGAAGGGUGUUCGCAUUGCAGCCCCUAGGUCUGUUUACCGAGUAGCAGACUCGGAUCCGGAGGUUGGAGUUGCUCUCCAGAAUGCCAUUUCCCAGUUCCGUGAACUCGGUGCUAUUAUUGUUGAAGACGUCGACUUUGAGCAUUGGAAACCUGGCUCGGGCCAAAGAGAAGAUCUUUUCGGGGAUGUACUGCUGCGAGAAGCCUUCGAAGAAUUCUUCGCGAACCUUGUGGAAAAUCCCCAUCGGAUAAGAAACGUGUCAGAUCUUAUUGACUUCACGAAAAGCACCUCCGAGGAGGACUACGAGGGAUAUGGAGAGAACUGGUUUGGAAGUGCGCGUGAUGCGCCAGGGACGUCCGGAUCUGAGGAAUUCCUCUCCGUGAAGGCACGAAUGGAGCACCUAGGCCAUGAUGUCGAGCGUCUUUUAGAUAACCACCAUUGUGACAUUCUCCUUGCUACGUCUUCCACAGACCUUCCCCUUGAUAUUGGAAGACUACCGGGCAUCCAGGUACCACUUGGGCUUUAUUCUGCGGAUCGAGAAAUUGUCAGAGACUCCAAGGGAAUGGUGGCGAAGGCUCCAAAUAUUCCAUAUGGCAUUACUCUUACUGGACGCAGGUACAGUGAAGAAAAGCUUCUUGCCUGUGCGUAUGCCUUUGAGCAGGCCACGCUUACUGUGAGACUGAACGAGGAAAAACUAUGGAUCAAACCAUCGUUUUAG